AUGUCUCUUGCUAAAAUCCCGUUCCUCCUUGCAAACACUGUAAGUGUCUAUGCGACGCUCACACCUCCAAAUCCCCAGGUCCCGAGCGGCCAGCGACCCAAGAACAUUGCCAUGUCCGAACGAUUCUUCUCUGCGGCCGCCAGGACUGCUAGCCCGAUCUACAAGUAUAUCAUGUGCGCAGGGAGUCUCAUCGAGUCGGCAGUGAUACUCGCGAGGCGAUGGCCCUCGCAUCCUCUAUCCCAGAGAAUCCUGGGUCUAUUCGUGAACGGUUCGACUACCCUUGCAAGCCGAAUCACCCUCUCCAAAGCAUUCUUCAUUGGCACCGCGUUGGUGACCGCAAACGCACUCAUCCGAGUCCUUUGCUACCGCGCUCUUGGGCGUCUCUUCACGUAUGAGGUUGCGAUUCGGGAUGACCACAAGCUCGUCACGAGUGGUCCGUACGCGUAUAUCCGCCACCCAAGCUACACAACAGGCCUGAUGUGCUGGGUGGGGAUGGGAGUCGCUUCUAUCAGUCAGGGCUCAUGGCUGAAGGAGUGUGGAGUUCUGGCAACGCCGGCUGGACGUGCGGGGGUGGCGUUGUAUGGGGCAUUCUUCGCGUACUGCACGGUGCUCUUUGUCACACGUGCUCCGCGGGAAGACGUCUUGCUGAGAGACCAAUUUGAGUCACAGUGGGACGAGUGGGCGCAGAGGGUACCGUAUAGACUCAUUCCCUACAUCUAUUGA